UUUCGGCGGAUGUUGAUGUUUUGAUCCGGAUUUCUGUACCGUCGUUUCAUUUCUCGGCCGUGCGAUCUGCGUUAUUGCCAAUAUUUGUUUAACGUGAGCGAAACACGGUCUUUCUCGGCGCUUCUUUCGGGAAGCACAGAGGCCGAGGCGGGGGGCGAUGAUGGAGGACUUUGAUGAGAUUUACGAGGAGGAGGAAGAGGAAGAAGAGGACGAGGACAGGGCCGCGGAGGAGCAGCUGCUCAAAUACGCUCCGGACCCGGUGGUAGUGCGCGGAUCCGGACACGUCACUGUGUUUGGACUGAGCAAUAAAUUUGAGUCUGAAUUUCCCUCAGCCCUUACAGGAAAGGUCGCACCGGAGGAGUUCAAAUCCAGCAUAAACCGUGUGAACAGCUGUCUGAGGAAGGCUCUCCCAGUGAAUGUCCGCUGGCUGCUGUGCGGCUGUCUGUGCUGUUGCUGUACUCUGGGCUUUAGUCUGUGGCCGGUCAUCUGUCUGAGCAAGAGGACACGCAGAUCCAUAGAGAAGUUAUUGGAGUGGGAAAACAGCAGAUUGUAUCACAAGCUGUGUUUGCAUUGGAGGCUCAGCAAAAGGAAGUGUGAAACCAACAACAUGAUGGAAUAUGUCAUCCUAAUAGAGUUUCUACCCAAGAUUCCUAUCUUCAGGCCGGACUAGCAGUGGCAGGCCAGAGCUCAUCCCUCCAGCGUGGUCUUCCUGAGGUGCCUUUCUCCGGUACUGUCAUGGUUUAUCAUGUGGCCUCGUCCUUUUUCCCUCCACACUCUGAGCAAGAGACUCACCUCACGUCCGAGCGCCACUCUCAGCACUCCUCACGAGAAAGCACUGUUUACAACCCACAUACACACAUACGCACAGACUCGACGCACACGUCUGGUGCCGUUCUGGUUCCGCAAGUGCAUGAAUACACACAGAGAGACCUUUACUGUCACAUGACUACACGGAGUCUGCGAGGAGGCCACGGAAAGUUACUUCUGAAGCUCCAAACUGGAACGUAUAUCACACGUUAAUCAGAUCUCACAGUCUGCGCACUAGCUAAGUGACUUCCUGUUGACAACAACAACCAUCACUGUGGAACGGAUCAGUGUGGAAUGGCUUGAUGAAGUGACAACUGUAGAAUUAAACUCUUUUAUUGUAUUCGUCAAUGUUAGGAAUGAUAAAUACGGAUUUUCAGUUAGCUGAGAGCCAAAUGGACACGGUCAAUGCACAAUACAUAGUUUCCCAUCUCUCCUUCUCACAAAAAGUUAUCAUCUAUAUACAAAGACAAUCAAACACUGACUGUGCCACGCACCGUCUAGACUCUGACGGGACUUUUGAGUCUAGUUGAAGUCACGGACCUGAUACGGUCCAGGUGCACCUAUCGGUAGUGAUGCAGCACAGAUUAGAUUUGUUUUGCUGUUUUUUUUUUUUUUUUUUGUCUUUUUUUUGUUUGUUUUUUAUUCUUGUUUACUUGCUCAGUUUAAAAAGAAGAGCAGCAAAUGUUUGGUUCUUGAUUUGUGUGUGUGGGUGAUUAUUUCUGUCUGUCCCUGAGAUAUUUUGUUUGUUGUUUGGUUCACAAGUGAGACAAAUAAACAGUUUUUUGGGGUUAAAAAGUUCAUUAUAACUAUUAUUGGGGUCAAACAAAUGAAAAAUAAAGUUCUAACUUUUUUUUUUUUUUUUUAAAUAUGAACCCACAAAUAUUGGAGUUUCUCCAGGGCAGAAAGACUUUUUAAGUAUUUUUUCUUAGUUAGUUUGUUUUUUCAUCUUUCAGUCGUGGGUCAGGUGUCCUAUGCAGGCAUUUUCUCUUAGUGAACUAUAUUUGUGUAAAUGUGUCCAAUUGUAGGUUAAUAAAACAGUUACGUCCCAGUACUCUUAAGACAAUUGGUCCUAUUAGAUCUCAAAACUUGAAAUUUAUGAAGUGUGUAUGUGUGUGUGUGAUUACUGAUAUUAUUACUGAAAUUACAAUUCUCUCUUGUCUGAUGUCAUCCCAAAUCCCAGGGACAUCGUCUUUAUUUUUCAAAAAAUAACUUCAAUGUAUUUAUGUACAAUGUGUGUACAGAAAUAAAAUAUGCCCAACUUGA